UGGAGAGGCUGCGGAGAGAGAACCCGAAGGAGACCAGUUAGAAAUUUGAGAUGGAAGAAGUCACAGAGUACUGAUAGAGGAGAACCGUCGGAAAGGCCAGGGCAGGAAGGGCAGGUUGUUCAAGGAGAACCGUCAAAAAGGGCAGGUUGUUAGAGGAGAGCCUUCAGAAAGGGCAGUUGUUCAAGGAGAACCGUCAGAAAGGCCAGGGCAGGAAGGGCAGGUGGUUCCAAAUAAGAGGAAGUGUGUGUUGGGUGUGUGUAGGCUGAGGGACUUACCACACAGGUGCAGUUGUGUCUAAGAACAAUAUCAGUGCUAAAGACGACCAUGAACCAAGAAACGGCCUGAGUGCGGCAUGGAACGACCCCAUGACAGCUUUUGAGUGACCGGGAUCUAGGCACCACAGCUUAAGUUUUCAGGAAGGGUUUGAAUCAUGAAAAGGGACACUGGUAAGACCGCCUACGAUUACUAGAACCACUUCUAAAAACCGAAGCCCUUGCACAAACACAAGACGGCAGCACGCUGCUGUUGUGGAAAGGGUGUUGAGGGAAAACAGGAAGGAAAAGGUCAGUGACUCCAGGACAGAGGCUUUCUGAACGUAGCUGAGGGCAGAGCAACCAGGAGAGGUGAAGAGUUGGCUGUCUUGGACACCUGCCUCUGCCAGCUUAGUGGGAGGGGACAUGUCUUCGAAGAACAGAGAACAAACGCAGUCUUGUGCUUGAAUCCUGUCGGUCACCAGUUGGCAUGAUGACCUCCUUGGGUACAGCCCCCUGAAUCGUGUACAGAAUCCGCUGCCUUUGGAGACACGCUCCACAUCCACUACACGGGCAGCUUGGUAGACGGACGCAUUAUUGACACCUCUCUGUCUAGAGAUCCUCUGGUGAUAGAACUUGGCCAAAAACAGGUGAUUCCAGGUCUGGAACAGAGCCUUCUGGACAUGUGUGUGGGAGAGAAGCGAAGAGCAGUCAUCCCUUCUCACUUGGCCUAUGGAAAGCGAGGGUACCCGCCAGCCAUCCCAGCGGAUGCAGUGGUCCAGUUUGAUGUGGAGCUGAUUGCAUUGUUUCCAGCCAACUACUGGCAAAAGCUGCUGAAGCGCUUUUUGCCUCUGGUAGGCAUGACUAUGGUGCCGGUCCUCCUGGGUCUGAUCGGGUAUUACCUAUACAGAAAGGCCAGCAGACCCAAAGUCUCCAAAAAGAAGCUAAAAGAAGAGAAACGAAACAAGAGUAAAAAGAAAUAAAAUAGUGAUCUUUAACAAAA